AUGCUGACUCGUUUUGUGCUUGCCAGUCGCGGUCGAUCUACGGCUUGGAACGCGUGCGCAUUUCGCAGAAACCUCCACCCGAAAGCCGCGUUCGAGGUCGGACGCGUCUCACCACGCGUUUUUUUAUCGAAAGGAAAACGUGAAAGGAAAGCCAAGUUCAGUGUUUUACCGCAGUGGCUCAGCAUUCUUACUACCUCGUCGGUGCCCAAGAGAGCCUUGUGCUUUAUUUUUUUCCUAAGGAAUCAGCAAAAAAAGUUGCUUCGGAGAAGUGAAAAAAACGCGCACACACACACACACACGGAACUGAUAACACAUUUGGCACAGCUUGGUAAAGUGUAUUGCGAAACCCGGUUGCUGCUGCUUGGCUACGGAGAAUAUAGGAAGCAAAACAGAAGCAGAAAGAUGCCGAACAAAUUUGUGAGCGCAUGCAAAGAGGAACUGGAGGUACGGAACUGUGGUUUCGGCCAUCUUCCGGCAGAGGAGUUUGUUAAAUCGCAGUGGCAAACAAGAACGAAGUCAAUAUGCUUUCUACUGUACCGGUUGGCGUUGGCCAUCUUCUUUACCGGCGUUGUCAUCAACUCGAUGGUGGUUGCAGUAGAACGGAACGAGUUUAGCAAAUACUUCAUCUAUCUGACACACUGGGGCAUACUGCUGUGCAUGGGAACGACCGUAAUGGGUGCGGUACUCGUGAUGAUCUGGUACUUCCAUCCGGAAUAUUCAGAAAAAGUUUGCAACAGCGAUGAAAUGCCCAACUCUUUCAAAGUAUACUGGAUGCUGCACAACAUCACGCUUAUCCUGUCCGUAUGCAUUACUAUCAUCUAUUGGGCGAUCCUGCACAAUGAAACAAUGCCAGUCGAUCCCAACAACAUACUGAUCCAUGCCUGUAACUGUAUCUUCAUGUUUCUCGACCUUAUUAUCGUGGCCUACCCGGUGCGAAUAUGGCACGUACUGCAACCGAUCACUUUCGGGCUAGCGUACUGCAUAUUCUCGCUCAUCUACUAUGCGGCCGAUGGUACAGAUAGGUUCGGUCGGCCAUACAUUUACAACGUUCUGGACUGGAACGAGCCGGGAAAGGCAAUGGUUACGGUGGUCGGCACCAUCUUGCUGGCCAUGAUCGUCCACAUGCUAAUGUUCGGCAUGUACAAACUGCGUGUAAAGAUCUAUCUCCGAUACUUCAACCACAAACCGAUCAUUCCAACCAACUCGACGCUGCAGCUGCAGACUGGCAAAUGUGACGGCAUUUCGAUGGUGUACGGAAACGAUAAUAAAGCGUUCAGCAUCGGUGAACGGUACUGAGGUACGUACUGGAUCGGUCUGGGGAUUGGCCACAAUGUUUCGGAGAUCGAUCAGAGUAGACCCAUGCACACCGUGGUUUACGUACGGCAGCUAGAACGCACUUUUAACUAGGAUGUUUCUUUUCACACGGGGGUUUGGAGUUGGCAAGAUUAUGUGAAAAAGCAACAAAAAAAGGUAUUAGUUUUGUUUAGUAUUAUCAGUAAGUAUGUUUGUGUACAAUGUUAAGAAUAAACUGUGAUUAUGUUAAUAAAGGUAAUGAUAAAUUUUUAAAA